AUGUCCAAACUUGCUCAGGCCCGAGCGCAGGUUGUGCGUAUCCUCGUACCAGCUGGGCAGGCUGCACCUACUCCACCGGUUGGUCCAGCGUUGGGUGCUCGUGGCGUUAAGUCUAUGGAUUUCUGCAAGGAAUUCAACGCCCGCACCGCCCACAUCCAGCCCGGAGUGCCCACCCCCACGCUGAUCACCGUCCGGCCAGACAGAACGUUUACUUUCAUCACGAAGACCCCUCCUACCAGUUAUUUUCUAAAGAAGGCGGCUGGUAUCGAGAAGGGAACCGGCCGGCCGGGCCAUGAAACUGUGGGGACCGUCAGUUUGAAGCACAUCUACGAGAUAGCGAAGAUCAAGGCUACCGAUGAGCACCUAAAGCAUCUAAGGCUGGAAGCUAUCGCCAGCACCAUCAUCGGAUCGGCUAGGACGCUCGGCGUGCAGGUGGUACCGUGA